AGUAUUUCUAUUCAUGUCACCUAUAAUCUCACUGUAGCACAAGCUGUCACUCUCUAAUUCUCAGAACACUUGUACAUACAAACAGUCCUGGAGGAUCAUGAGUAACCAAAUCUUCUCCUGUUUUAGACUUGUAUUGCAGGUGUCACCACUUCUCUCCCUGCCAGAGGACAACAUGAGAGUGAAAAGAAGUACUCUACCCAGACCAUACAAUGACCACAACUGGACAGACCAAACAAUAACCACAUCUAGAUAGAAAGGCUUGUUUAAGGACUUAAGUGAACAGAUUUCACUGACAGGAUUGUUGUUUAUUUACACCUGAAUGGGCGCGGCAAUUCCAGGCACCUCCCACUUGGUCUCGACACACAGUAUUGUGAUAACAUCAAUGGAUUAGUCUCACUCCCUGUAAACUGUAAACCAUGGUUUGGAAAUAGCUGGAAUUUCAAUGCAUCCGGUAUUUCACAUGACUCACCUGUUGGAUUGGGAUGUAACAGUACUAUACCUGGAAGGUGUGUUUACAUAGAACUAAAGACUUUCAAUAACUGGUAAUAUGUUGUACCUGCAAGAGUAUGAACAAAACCCAACAGUAUGAAGAUGGAGAAAUGACAAGAUAAAACUUUCAGGAAAUCAAAGAAAAGAAAACUGAAGAAAGCACCACAGAAAUAGUUCCGAACAAAAAUGCUAGCUCUAGAGACUGCCACGUUGUUGUUACUGAUGGUAAGCAUGGCGACCGUGGAGGCUCAGUGUCCCAUCAGUCUCUGUUCCUGUUCACCGAGCAAAGAGAACCCAGCACUACAGGUUAUUGACUGUCGAAAUAAAGGUUUCAUAGAGGUACCAAAUAUAAUGGUAUCAACAGUCCCCGAAGCCUUUUAUGAACUGACUUUGGCGGGGAACAUGAUCACCUCCAUCCCAAAUGGAGCAUUCUCAAAUAUAACUGUCAAUGUGUUGGAUUUAUCAGACAACAGACUUGCACAGAUUUCUGAUAAUGCAUUUCAAGGAUUGGAGUCUUCGCUGACCAUACUUAAGCUUGGAGGAGACAAAACAGCAACUAAUCCCCCGAGCCUCUCUUACACUUUUCUCACGAGCUUGGUGGAACUUUUGGAGUUAGACUUGAGGUACUUCCGUUUAACAACCAUUGACCAAAACACUUUUCCUAGGCUAACAAAGUUAAAUGCAUUGAAGCUUCAAACAAUGAAAAUACAGAGCAUUUUAGAAAAUGGAUUUCAGGACAAAUUUCCUGUACUAAAAAAAUUGGAAAUAGUAGGGAAUACGAUGAUGGGGAAUGUUCCUGUGUCUGCAUUGCGGUUCCUUACAACAUUGAAUCACUUAACCCUGCAACAGAACAACAUAUCUUACGUUGCCUUUGCUUCAUUUGAGACACUUACAAAUCUUGUCGUGUUAGACCUGUCCCACAAUGAAAUCACCACCCUGGGGACGGACUGUUUCAAAGGACUGUAUUCCAAAUUAGAGUUCCUCAGCUUAUUCCUAAAUAAGCUUGACCAGACCCAGCUACAACCUAUCUACACACAAAACUGGACGGUGCUUGAACAACUCAACAUUGCAAACAACAUGGUGACUGAUAUACCAACUGGAUUCUUUUUAAAAAUGCAGUCUUUAGCUUACUUGAAUCUGAAUGAUAACAAGCUCACAACAAUCAAAACAACAUAUUUUACAGCCUUACCAAGCAUUCAUCAAAUAGAUCUAAACUACAAUCCUAUUGCAGCUAUAGAAGAUGGGUCUUUCUCUCAGGUUCCCACACUGAAGCAGUUGGACAUGGAACACUUCAAUAGUAUCAAUCCGUCUCAGCGAAUCAAUUUUACCACUGCUUCUGUAAGAGGCCUGGAAAACUCACUGGAGAGACUGAACCUCAUGCAGACCUUGUUGAUGCAGGACGAGGCUUGGAAGGCUAUCAAAACACUGACAAGGCUGACCCAGCUAGUUCUACAUGGCUCUGGUCUUACAGCUAUUCCACAUCUUGUGUUCAGUGAUCACGUGCACCUUUUUUACCUUGACUUGAGUAAUAACCAAAUAAGUGUUGUACAACAAGAAACACUUCAUGGACUGCAAGAUGUACUGCAAACACUUGACCUCCAGCACAACCGCAUACCUUCCAUAGAUGAGUGUGUGUUAAAAGGCUUCAAUGCUCUCUCGCUGCUGUAUCUCAAUGACAACCCUACCCACUGUAACUGUACUAUGAAGUGGUUGAAAGACUUAAAUAACAGUCCUCCACCCGAUUCCUACAGAAAUGAUGUGCUGUGUGUUACUCCAGCCAGCCUAGUCAACAGGAAUCUGUUUGACCUCAAUGACACGGAUUUAGGUUGUGCCGGGUAUGUGGCUCCGACCUGUCCCGAUUUAUCAGUCACAACAACCCCAGCACCACCUCCAACAACAACACCUGUCCCCACCCUUCCCCUCCCAACCCUGACCUCUAUCAUUACUGAGAAUACAAAGGACAGCAUUGCCAUAUCCUGGAACAUCAAUGACCUGCAGCUGAUCUCUGGGUUUAGGGUAAGCUAUACAAGUGCAGGAGUCACCCAAGAAAUCCCACUCUCUGACAAGAAUCGACAGUCAUACACCAUUACAUCACUGUCUCCUGAUACUUCCUACAGGGUGUGUGUUCAUGUCGUCCUCACAGAUAUCACUCGAGCUCCUGUUGAGAGUUGUCAUGACAUUACUACACUUAUGGAUCUACCCACCCUGACGGCUGGCAUUGCUAGCACGACAACGACUACCAUGAAACUGACAUGGAUCAUAAGUAAUUCACCCCUGGUCACUGGUUUUUCCUUGACCUACUACAAGUUUGGUACUAUAAACAGUCAAGUCGAGGUACCACUGGACUCAUCCAUGAGAGAACUCACCAUUGAAGGCCUCCAAGCUGAUAACAAGUACGAAGUGUGUCUAAAAGUACUCCUGACGGUUUCUGGGAUUGUGAUUAAAUGUGAUAUUGCCAACACAAAAAUAGAGUCGAUGGUUGGGCCAGGAGGUAAGACAGAUGAUACUGGGCCCAAUGGUGGAGUUAUAGCUGGGGCUGUGGUAGGAUGUGUGGUGGCUGUGGUGAUCAUUGUUGCCAUCCUGUAUAUUCUAUUUAUCAGGAAGGGAAGUCCAAAGCAGCCACUGCCAACUGUACAACAAACAUCCUUCAGCACUGCCGGCUUCCCAACAACAGAUCAUGCCAGACGCUUCGUAAAAAGCAAGCCUGCACAAAAUGGAGGAGGAAAGGACAUUCAGGUGAUCUCCAGCGGCAAAAUGGACCAAGACGAUGCCAGUCGUAUAUCGGGAGGAAGUUAUCAGUUUCUAAAUGAAGGACAAGUGACACUACAGCCUAUCCCAUUCAACAAAAGGGCUGGUGCUAAUGGAUCGAGUCUUGAUUAUGUGCCACCAAGUAAACAUAAAUACGCUAACGUUGGCUAUAACAGCUCCCCAAACCCUCCUUCAAAAAAUAAACAUUCUUACACGAACGCCCCACAACCCCCAAAGGGAAGCAGAAGUGUAUACACAAACGAUAUAGAUAAGCGACCACUACCUACGGAACCACAAAAAGAUGAAUCCGGAUUUACAAAUAAAGGUUUUAAAUCUGAAAUGCAACCUAAUUCUCCAACUUCACCAGCAACCCCAAAUGUAUACCAUGAAAUCCCUAUCUGAAAAUGGACAGGGUGUUGAAAGUGUCUACUUACUCGAGAGCUUUAAACGGGGCCCACCAGGUGUGGAAUCUGGUGCUGUUUUGAUGCUGUGAUGGCAUGUGUACUACAAUGGCUGGCUAUCUCCGCUAGACUGACAGUAACCAAGUCCUUGUACUCGCCCUAUACUUGUGACUCUUCGAGCAUCACUGGAGUAGUAAGAUUUCCAGUAUAUAUAUAUUUAUAUACUAGCUAGCAGACUUUUAUCUACAAAUAUCUACAAGAGAUAGCAUGUAUCUGGAUACUUCCUGUGGAUUAUCUGAAAGUGUACAUAUUCUAUCAGGGACAUCACAUUCCUUCCAUAUAUGGAUAUACAUAACUUCAUCCAGAAUAUACAUAAUCUCAUCCAGGGAUGAACCAAUGGAAAUGUGAAGAAGCGUUAUCGUUGUCAGCGUAAAAUGUGCUAUUCCACUUCCUCGGGUAGAGAACCUAUGAUUCAUUGGUGUGUGCCCUAUUUGUAUGGAUUACACUGAAAUGUACCCAGUAUUUGUACCCUUACUGAUACAGUAUGCAGUAUUCAUGAGGAAUGGAUUACAUUGGUGGGUUAACGAGGUUCACGAGGAACUAUAUGGAUUACAUUGGUGGGUUCACGAGGAACUAUAUGGAUUGCAUUGAAGGAACCCUACUUACACUGGUGUGUUCCCUGUUUGUACCCUAAAUGGUACAGUAGGUGUUUCACAGGGAACCGUGGAUAAGGUUGGUUUGUACCCUAUGUGUACCAUAACAGGUACAGUGGGAGACAUUAACAGGGAACCGUGGAUUAGGUUGGUUUGUACCCUAUGUGUACCAUAAAAGGUACAGUGGGAGACAUUAACAGAGAACCAUGGAUUAGGUUGGUUUGUACCCUAUGUGUACCAUAACAGGUACAGUGGGAGACAUUCAUGAAGUACUAUAGAUUACAGUGGUGCAUACCCCAGCUGUACCCUAACAGGUACAUUAAGGGACAUUAACAGGGAACUAUGGAUUACAUUGGUGUUUUCACUGGGAACUACAGAUUACAUUAAUAUGUGCCCUCCCCAUUCUCCAACUGUCCUAAACUUAAUCGUUACAUGGUCUGGCCAUCAAAUACUUAGAUGUACGUAAUAUAGAACAUUUAGUUCUCAAAGAUGUCAUUAUUAUGAUAUCUAUAAAAACCUGUGAUAGUUAUUCGGAUGUGCUGUUGUAUGUUUAAUGUAUUGUUUAAAUACUAAAAUCACUUUACAGAAACCUUUCAUAAGUAAAAACAAUGAAAAUGCUGUUCCAAAUAACUGAAAUUGAUAAAAAAAAAUCAAAAAAAUCAACAAAAGUUACUUCAGAUGAAAACAUGAAAAUGUUAUAAUUUAAAAAAUAUAUACCGAGAAUAUAUUAUCAGGAGAUAAUUUGACAAAUUUGGUUCUUUGACAAAAUUUCUGUUGACAGUCUGCAGUCAUAGGUAUUAUAUGCCAGGCUAUAUCUAACCAUGUGCAGGGCACAUCAUUCGUAUAUACAUGUACAACACUUGUACAUAUGUGAUCUCAGAAAGCUGAAACUGUUUUAUGUGUAAAUAUCCAUAUAUUAGUGCUAUAACAAUGAUAUUGAUCUAUAUGAGAGCUUUAUUUCUAUCUGGUGACUUUGUGUAUACAUGUGAAUAUAAAGUUAAAUAUAUUCAGAAAUAUUUACAUCUAUUGUUUAAUAUAUUAUGUAAAUAAGCACUGUACAAAAGUUGAACUCAAACAAGUUAGUGUUUAACUUGUGUUGCUGAGUAAAUCAGAAACAUGAGGUAUAUGUGACAUUAACAAAUAUUUAAAAAUCAAAAUAACAGUACAUCCUAAAACAGAGGUGAGACAGCUUUCUCGUGUAUUGAGCUAUGAAGUUAUAUAUAUGUACAGGAACGUACAUGCCUGCUAUAUUUGAAGAGAUGAAAUACUCUUUAAAAAUUAUGAUAUUAAUCCAUUCUUACUUUGUUGGUUACAUUUUAUACCUUGACUUGUUAUAUAGUAUUCACGCAUGCAUUGAACAUCAAUGAAAAUCCUAAAAUACAGUUUGAAAAUGUGCCUUUAUAUCAGUCCAUCCAAGUGUUGAAGUGUUCUACUAUCAAGAUGUUAUUUUAUACAUUGCAGACAAGAUUUUUCAAUAUAUCUGUUUAUGAUGAACAGUUGUAACUCUUAUGCACAGAAAGAAUGAGUUAAAAAACUGAAAACUUGUACCCUUUUUUUUCUCCAAAGUAUACUUACAAGCAACGAAAUUGAAAGUAGAAAAUAUCUUGAGAAUCACAGUUACAUGUAAAACUAACAUGUGGACAAAAUGGCAGAUCUUUGUUAACUGUAACGGUCAAGUUAACUGUAACGGUCAAGUUUAUUGAUGUCCAGCACUGUGUAUUGAUAUCAAAUAGAAAUAUUUUUUUAUAUAUUCCCUGAAAAUAAUAUUUUUGGAAUUCAAUAUGUCCACAUCAUCUUAAUAUGUGUUGUUGCUGUUGAUAUUAUUUUUGCCACAUAUUUCAUUCCCUGACAAAGAUUCACAAAACCAUUACAGAAAUGUACUGUACACCAGGUACCUAUAUAUAUAUUCAGAUUGAAUUA